GGUGCGCGGGCUGAGCGGCCCGGGAUGGCGCAGGGGCGGCGGCGGCGCGCGGCCGGCGCGGGGCCCUAGCGGAGCCGAGGACGUCGCCGCCCGGGCCGAGCCCGGCGUCGCGGGCUGCGGGAGCCAUGGCCAAGGAGCGGCGCCGCGCGGCGCUGGAGCUGCUGCGGCGGCCGGGGAACGCGCGCUGCGCCGACUGCGGCGCCCCAGAUCCUGACUGGGCUUCCUACACUCUGGGGGUCUUCAUCUGCCUGAGCUGCUCCGGGAUUCACCGCAACAUCCCCCAGGUCAGCAAGGUGAAGUCGGUGCGCCUGGAUGCCUGGGAUGACGCCCAAGUGGAGUUCAUGGCCUCCCACGGGAAUGAAGCUGCCAAAGUGACAUUCGAGUCCAAAGUGCCGCCCUUCUACUACAGGCCCACGCUGUCCGACUGCCCACUCCUCCGGGAGCAGUGGAUCCGCGCCAAGUACGAGCGACAGGAGUUCAUCCAGCCCGAGAAGCAGGAGCCGUACUCUGCAGGGUACCGCGAGGGCUUUCUCUGGAAGCGCGGCCGGGACAACGGGCAGUUCCUAAGCCGGAAGUUUGUGCUGACGGAGCGAGAGGGGGCCCUCAAGUACUUCAACAAGAACGACGCCAAGGAGCCGAAGGCCAUCAUGAAGAUUGAACACUUGAAUGCGACCUUCCAGCCGGCCAAGAUCGGCCACCCCCACGGCCUGCAGGUCACCUACCUGAAGGACAACAGCACGCGGAACAUCUUCAUUUACCAUGAGGACGGAAAGGAGAUCGUGGAUUGGUUCAACGCGCUGCGGGCUGCCCGCUUCCACUACUUACAGGUGGCCUUCCCAGGGGCCAGCGAUGCCGAUCUGGUGCCCAAGCUGUCCCGGAACUACCUGAAGGAAGGCUACAUGGAGAAAACAGGGCCCAAGCAAACAGAAGGCUUCCGGAAGCGCUGGUUCACCAUGGAUGACCGAAGGCUCAUGUACUUCAAGGACCCCCUGGACGCCUUUGCCCGUGGCGAGGUCUUCAUCGGCAGCAAGGAGAGUGGCUACACAGUGCUGGAGGGGCUCCCGCCGUCCACGCAGGGCCACCACUGGCCGCACGGCAUCACCAUUGUCACACCCGACCGCAAGUUCCUGUUCACCUGCGAGACCGAGUCAGACCAGAGGGAGUGGGUGGAGGCCUUCCAGAAGGUGGUGGACCGGCCCAUGCUGCCCCAGGAGUAUGCAGUGGAAGCCCACUUCAAGCAUAAACCCUAGCAUGAGACAGCGGAGGCCCGAGGACACUGGACUCAGGUGAUGUGGCUGUGGAGGCUCCUGACUGCAGGGGAGAACAGCCUCCCACCUCCCCGCCUCCCGCUCUGGCCUCGCUCCUCCAGGCAGCCCAGGCAGCCCCGGUCAGGUGGAGCCGGGCUUCAGCCACUGGGACGUGAUGCUUUGGAACCUUUCCCGGGCAGACCCAGCUCUUGGCCUGGCCUGGCCCGUCCCCCCUCAUGCUGCUGCUGACUGUGCCCGGCUGCCCCGCACCCCUCCCCGCCCACUCCCCCAGCUCAGGGGCAGCCCCACUAACUAUCCAGCCCAGCCUGAAGGGACUGCUGGGCCUCAGGACAGGACCACGUGCUGGGCUGCGGACAGCGGUGGCUAUGGGCCGAGGUCUUGCUUCGGGGUCUGCCGCAUGUCUCCCCCACUCCCCACAAGUAUUUAUUGAGCACCUACUGUAUGUCGGUCAUGGGUCAGGGGCUGGAAAAUAGCCUCGCUCAUCCUCUGCCUAACCAGCCAGGACUGCUGGCGUAGGUUCCAGAACAACGGGUCCAAAACUCCUGGAUCCUCUUGGCCCCAGUGCCCCCGAGACACCUGAGGGAAGGCCUGGACAGGUGUCGCCAGCUGUCCCAAGGUGCUGCCAGGCGCUGUGCACAGGGACCCGGCUGCCCCGUUCUGGGAGGGUGGUGUGGCCACUCCCUCUGCUGUGGGCAUCUGUGUGCCCAGCUUGGUGCUCAGCCCUUCCUGGUGACCUCUGCCCUGGCCCUGCAGUUUUUGAACUCUUUGGGGUCCAUGGCUGGAGCCCUCAAGAGGUCACCACAGGCAGGGGUGACCUGCAGCCUACCCCACCUGUACCCCCACCCCAGCCCCUGCUUGCUGCUGGCAGGCCAGUAGUGAGAGCCACCUGUAUUUAUUUCUUACCUGACCUCCUUCCUGGGCCGGGCUUCCUUUCAUGGGACCCUGCAGGGCAGGUCCUGGCUGGCUGGACAGGGUGGGGGUGCACCUGUGGGUAGCCCAGGGGGACCUGGGGAGCGGGGAGGAGGCCGAGGCCGGGAGUUCUGCUGCCCUGUGUCACGUCCUGGAAUAAAGUGUGGCUCUGGAGCAGCCCGUCUGUGUGGUGGUGGCUAGGGUGGCAGCAGGAGGGGAAGUGGGCACUGGGCUGUCCCAUGGCCUCCUUCUGGGCAGAGGACACAGGAGCAGACAAGGUG